UAAUUUGACUGGAUGGUUUAGAUGGGAGCCCUGGCAUUUGAGUACAGGCACGCAUGCAGUAGCAUUUGAGAGUGGUCUUCUCUUGUUCUCUGGCUAGCAUCCCAGGGCAGUGGAAGACAUAGAAAGGAACAACAAAAUAGACAAUAAAGUGGGAAAAAUAGAGCAAGGGAUUUAGUUUAGCCUACAAAGAGUUUGAAAGUUAGUUUUUUUUGUACUUUUUUGAGAUUAUUACUAUCUGUUAACAGCUAUGGCAGAUUCCACCUUGCAGCUGGAGGAGGCAGCGAUGAAGGAGCUGUCGGAUGAUGAAGAAGUGGCUAUUCCACCCUCCGACGAUGAGGACGAGAUCGCUGAAGCAGCCAAGGAGCUGGAGAAGGGUGACUCGCAGAUGAAUGGGAUGAUGGUGCUGGCACUGCUCGACAAGAUCAUCGGGGCGGUGGACAAGAUCCAGCAGACCCAGACAGGUCUGGAAACCCGGCAGCGAGAGAUGGACCAGUCGGUGACAGGCAUCCAGAGUGAGCUAGCCAAGCUCUCCAAGAGCCACACCACCACAGCCAACACUGUCAACAAGAUGCUGGAAAAGGUGCGCAAGGUCAGCGUCAACGUCAAGUCGGUACGGACCAACCUGGAGAAGCAGGCUGGCCAGAUCAAGCGUCUGGAGAGCAAUGAGAAUGAACUCCUCAAGAGGCGCAACUUCAAAGUCAUGAUCUACCAGGAUGAUGUGAAGAUGCCCUCUAGACUAUCAAUAUCUAAAUCCAUGAAAGUUGCGGACAGUGUGGAAGGUGAAGCAGAGUCAGGGCUGAAAGAGGUGGCAGAGGAACUCGAGGAGGACGGCGAAAAGGCUAACCCCAACCUUUCUUCUGAUGAAGAGGUGGAGGUUGAGGAGAUUAUUGAGGAGACACGGGCUGAGCGCAUCAAGCGUAGUAGCCUCCAGAGGGUGGACAACAUUAAGAAGGUCUUCUCUAAGGAGAAGAUGGAGAAGACCAGGCAGAAGACCAAGGAAAACCUAGAGAAGACCAAGCAGAAGACUAAGGAGAACCUGGAGAAGACCCGUCAAAGAACCCGAGAGAACCUUGAGAAAACCCGACAAAACAUUGAGAAGAAGAUGGGCAAGCUAAGCACUCGGAUGUCAGUCAACACCGAGCGCAAAGAAAAGCUGAAGUCCUCUCGAGAUAAGAUGAAGAAGUCUUUCACUCCAGACCACACAGUGUAUGCUCGUUCCAAGACAGCCGUGUACAAGGUUCCACCUUUCACCUUCCACGUGAAGAAGAUUCGGGAUGGUGAGGUAGAGAUCCAAGGCACCGAAAUGGUGGAGGUGGCUGGUGAUGAGGAGGAGCAAGUGGAGUCGGGUGAGCUGCAGAUUGAGGACAACGCAGAGCUUCAGGCCCUGAUGGAGAUGGUAGAGGACUCAGAGCUGGCGCUAGCGGAGCAAGACCAAGACAGAGACAGCGACUAGUCUGGAGGGCUGAGGGUAUGGGAGAAAUAACAAAACCCAUUAAGGAGAACAUAUAGGACAUGGUGAUGAAUAAAAAACAAUUCUAUGUGACAACACUCUGAACACAAAAGAUAGAUACAGACUAAACUCGGGCGUAUUUUCAUCAUCAGUGUAGUGUAGUAGUAUCAUUAAUCCAUUAACUCUUUAUACUAAUCUCUCUUUAAUCAUUGCCUAGAUAAGGAAAGAUGUUAAAAAUGAAUCAACAUCUUUACAGUCGCUUUUCCUAUUUUUCCUUUUUUUCGUCAAUAUUUCGCAGCUUUGCCACAAGCACAGUUGCAUCUAUUACACUGAAUGUUUUUUACGUCUUUUUUAUUCUUCACAAAACUGCAUCUGAUUUCCAUUUUGCUUCACAAUUAGAUGCACAGCCUGAACAGCAGAUGUCAGCAUGUUUUCGGAUUCUUGGUGGAAAAAAUCGCGUCAGCCUUCAGCUCAUGUAGAAUGCUAACUGAAAGAAGGCUUUAUGGCAAAGAGAGUCUGAGAAAGACUCACCAUCCAAUAAGAUACGUUUAAGCUGUUGGCAUAGAUGAACAUGAAAAAAAGUUACCAUCUGAGUUCAUUAUUAAAAUAAACAAAGCAGACAAUCUAAUGCGGCAAUUUUUGUCUCACUGAUGCCAUAUAAACACAACUCCAAACAAUAUCAAGACGUGGUUUUAUUUAAAACAACAAAAUGCUUAUUUUUUGCUUUUAUUGCCAAUAAAGGAUAAACUGAUCUAAAGUCACAGACAUACUUUUAAUUUUUAUAUUUUCAAAUGUUUUAUUGACAUUUAUUCAAGGUUACUAAGUGUCAGGAUGACAUUUUUCAAGCAAAGUAGAUACAGAAACAUUUAGUAAUAAACAACAAAGGCUCUUGCAUGCUUAAAAACGUUUUAUUUUCUGAGUACAGUGUAUCAUAUAGCCUAAUUUAGCAAUGUGCUUGGAGUAAAGAGGAAUUUCUUAAUGAUUUUUUAAGAAUUUAACAAUUCUUGGCUGCCUAGAGGAUUUCACAGAUCUGGAAAGAAUAUUGCUUUUUUGAGAAUUUCAAUUUUUUGGCGGGAAUUGCUGUCACUCAAAAGCUAUUAAAUGUGAUGUGUGAUGGUAUUUUACUUUAUUAAUAUUGUGUUGCUUUCACUCAUAUAUGUUAAACAAAAUUGCACACUUCUCUGAGUAAUACAGACUUAUUUUAUACACCACAUACACACAGGCUAAAUUAAAAUGUUUUGCUACUCUUCUGCUAAACAUUGUCACCACAGAAAUGCUGUGAAAAUGUGUCAUUUACUGAAAAUCGCAUCAGCUAUUCCUUAAAAGAGAUCUAUUCCCUCAUUUACUUCUUUUGCUUUCUGAAGAUCAGUCAGAACAGUACAACAAAGGCGUCUUCAUACAUAAUGGCUCCAGUAGAUGGGAGCAACGGCUGAAAUUAUGGCAAUGAAAUUGAUUGUGGUAAAGCAGAUUACAUGCUAUGCAAUUAAAAAUGUCUGCAGAAAGGAUAACAAUCUUGUAUUUCAUGUUUUCAUGCAUUUACUUUAUUUAGGAAAUUUCCAAAUUGUUAUUCCCCUCCCUGUGACUCUAAAGACCUACUUCAGAAUCAGAAAAUAUUGAAUUCAAAGGCUUUCCCAAGCAAAAAGAGCACAUUGUGAAAAUAUAGAAUGACAUUCUUUUGGUUUGAUUUUUAUGCAUACAUUUAUAUGUAUGUGGAAUGUGAAUCACUACGAAAGGCCCUUGAACCACACUGUACACUCAAACAGGAGCAGAGUCAGCUACCAGCUGGAGGAGCCAGUACCCUAGUGAUUAACGCUUAGGUCAAGGGUAGGCAACCCAGAGCCUGGACUGCCAGUGUAAAUCUCUGAAAAGAUGGGUAACUUAUUUGGUGUACUUACAUUUAUUCAUGAUAUGUGUACCAUACAUUAAAGAACAGUGAAUAAUUUUAAAUACAUUCAGAGCAAGAUUUUAUACUUAUAAUAUUUAAGAUCAUACCUAAGCUGAAGUCUGUAAUUAAUCCAAGAUAAUAGAAAACUUUGCAUUGCAUAAAAAAAUACUUAUAAUUAAUUUACAUAUUUGAUUUAAUUAUCUAUUUAAAAUGAGUGUGAAUCAGGGCCCCUAAGGCACAAGUCAAAUUCAUACUUUUUAUCAUCCAGCCAACAGUGAAAGUGUCCCUAAAGCAGAAAAUGUCUAAGGGACAUAUAAUGAAUUGCAUAGCCUGAUGCUGUUAUUCAGAUAAAUGUUUUAACCUAUUAUUGCAAUUUGAUGUUUACUGUAGUUGCUAAAAUAUAACCAGCCAGUAGCAUUUUGUUACAAGUCCAUGUCUUGGGCCGCUAUGCUAGCCGCCUGCCCAUGUAUACGCAAUCAUUCACACCUUGUGGCCUACUGUGGAUUACCGUUGAUUUUAAAAAAGCUUUAAGCUUUUAUAUUACCUAAUAAUGCAGAAUGUCUGCAAAAAGAUUCAAUCAUGUUUCUGUGGACCACAUAAGUUAAACAGGCUUGUAUACACCAUUUAACCAAAUAAUGCUUUUUGCUUUUUUCAUUUUGCUUUCUAAGACACCAAUAUUUUAAUAAAAUCAAUGUGAUUCACCAUGAAA